UCCAUUUCCUUCCCCCUUCUCUUUCCAUCCCCCCUGCUCUUCCCCUCCCUAUUUCUCCUUCCGUCCUCCCAUUUAGCGCACACUCACAACGUCCCCACACUGCUUCGUCCCCCCUCAUUCUUUCCCUCCCCUCCCUCAGGCUGUCGGCACCAACAUGUGGCUACUCGCUGCACUUCCCCCCGUCCACACCCACCUUCACACAACUGCCCUACCCUCCCAUUUCCCCCGGCAAGGCUACGCCCCCUUUCUCCCCCCCACCCUCUUCCCCCCCACCCCCUUUCCCCCCAGCCAGUGCACAUGCACACAUCACGGCCACUGCUCUCCAUCCAGCCUGCCCACACCCACCCCCCUGGGCACCAUCACAGAACCCCGUCCUCUAG